AAAAUUAGAGUAAUUGUUGUAGGCGUGGUUUGCGUUUUAUUUCAAGAUGGCGGCUGCUGUUGGAGCAGUUGACGAGAUUAUCAGAGAAUACCUGCUAUACAGAGGCUUUGUGCAGACACUCAAGACCCUCGAGCAAGAAAAGAAAGACGACAAAGAGAAAGGACUCCGAGUAAACCGUAUUGUCGACUAUAUCCUAUCGUGCAUCAAUAAAUCAGAUUUCGGAGCCCUCCAAGCUUUCUGGAACCAUCUCUCAAAAAAGUUCUUUUCUCGUCUCAACCAAGACCUUGUCAACAAUGCCCACAAGUUGGAGAGCAUGCUACUCAGACUGUUUCUAAUUAACGCACACCGCAACGGAAAGAAUGAAGAAGUUAGAAUGUUUUUUGAGCGUAUCAGCGGAGUCCUCCAGGAUAGGAGGGACUGGAAGGAGUGGUUUGCUCUGCCCUUUACAAGAAAUCCAGAGCAGCAUCCUACGUUUAAGAUGUACUACAGUAAGGAGUGGUACGAUGCUUUUGUGGUCUCGCUCUACAAUUUCUUCAGUAUAAUGAUGGCUGGACUGCCACUGCCCACUUUGUUACAGUUUGAGACAGAGCAUCAUAAAAUACAGACACUAGUUACUGAGAAGAACUUACUCCACCGUCAACUAGCUACAACAAAGGAUGCUUUGAUGGAGGCUGAGGCGACAGUUCAAAGGCUCGAGGCCCGUUUGGCACAGAAUGUUGCUGCCAUGUCGGCAGAGAAUAAAAUUACUAAGUCUACAACAUCAAAAUCUGCAGUGGGUGGAGUAGAGGGUGCGGCUAAGAUAUCGCAGCUGCAGCGUCGUCGGGAACAGAAAGCAAAGUCACCCAUGUCCUAUGUCUCACCAGAGGAGUUAUCAACAGAUCAAAGAAGAGACAGUACUGAUGAUACUAAGGUUGUCUCUCCUUCACUCCUUCCCAAUGGAAGUACAGCAACAGGAAAUGCUGCAGGACUUCCAACUGGUGCCUAUACCAUUACUAGCAGCACUGUUAGUAAUAGUGACACUGAUACUGGGCCUAUUCGUAAAGUAAAAUCUACAGAAUCAAGUCCUUUUCUGAUCAUUGAUGAGCAAUCGUACAAGGACCACACUGCUCCGAUCUCUCACUGUCGGUUCUCUCCCAAUGGAGUCCAUGUAGCUAGUGUGGACGUUGAUAACGGAUUGAGAGUGUGGAUGCCGAAUAAACUUGAGACGAAAAGUUCGUCGAAAUACAAAAUGGAUUUAUUAUCACUGGAUUGGGUACACCAUGGCCUUGGAGCCUCUGAUGAUUUGUUGAUAUUAGGAUUUGGUAAAGGUCAAGUUAAGCUCUUUAACGCAUCAAAGUCCGACUCUCGCUGGGAAUUUGCUGUUGAUCGUAAUUACCCAAGGAUUCUAUCAGUUGCAUGUAGUUCAUCUUCGCCAACUUUUGCGGUCUCGGCUGCAGGUUGGCACUCACAGAAUCUCACUGGUACUAGUGGCAGUAAAGUGACAGCUGGACUGACCGCUCCUUCCCUUCCUUCUCAAAUGAAUAAAUCCAGUGAACUCAUGGUCAUGUCCUAUAAAUCACCUUUGAGUUAUGACACAGGACUGUUUGAUCCUACGCCUGGGGAGCUUUCCAUCUGGGAUAUCAAUCAACAGAAAAUACAAACUGUGUUACCACUAACACCAGCCAUUGCUGUAAACUGCAUGUCCUUCAAUCACAAUAGCAACCUCCUAGUAACUGGUGGAGUUGAUGGAAUGAUACGACUAUUUGAUGUUGUUCAAGGUGAGUGUCUGUGUGGUUGGACCGCUCAUCACGGUGAAGUACUAAACGUCCAGUUCAGCUCAGAUGAGACAUCAGUAUAUUCUCUUGGACAAGACAACAAUUUCUGUCAAUGGAGUACGCUACGUAGCACCGAAAAGAUAGCCCAGUUUGAUAUUCAUCAGAAUGCAUCUAGCCCAACAAGUGGGUGGGAUGGAGGGUAUUUCCCGACCACAGCCCCCGGGAGUCUCUUUGCUUUUGAAUCUGAUGAUAAAUAUGUAUUAACCUGCUCGCCCUCAGAGGGCAUUUUAUAUCAGAUGAACAGUACAGAUGGUUCAUUGAGUUACGUCCUAAGUUUAUCUGAUCAGUCUGGGCCCGUGACAUGUGUGGACUGGCUGCCUGAUAGACGAAGCUAUAGCACGUGUAUAACAGGUUCUGUGGAUUCCACAAUUAGAGUUGUCAACUUAUUGAAAACCGAAAUAUAAAACUGUCUUAUUAUUACUAUAUUAUUAUUAUUAUUAUAUGAUUCAAUGUGUGUUUGUGUGUCUGUGUCCUCUUUCAAAAAUUAAAAUGGAGAAUACUUAAGAUUGAGUAGUCACGAAAA